GAGGGGGCGGGACUGGAUGUGAUGUCACAGACAGGGGUGGCCAAUCAUACCAGAAGCUGGGAGAUUGAAAUUAAAGCGAUAUGAAAACGGCGGGCGGAGCGCAGCUGGCGGGACCGGUGAGAUCGGGGUGGAGCUGACAUUGGCCCUAUGAGGAGUUACAGUAAGAAUUGUAAAGGCUCCUGAGAAUAAUGCUGGGAAAGGCUUCAGUGAGUAGCAGCAUUGAGCAUCUCACUGGAAAAUGAAUGUUAUGAGAAUUGUGGAAAAGCCGCACAUAAAAUCUCUCUCUGGCGUAGAUCUUGAGACAAGUUCUGUUCCUCUGAGCUCCAUCCCCCCGAACACACACACUCCGCUGAAGGCUAUAAGGGAACGGUGGCACCAGAGUCUUUCUUUUCGGGGACCCUCUAGGAUAAUUUCCAGCACAAGCGCUCUGAGCACAACGCUUCAAUCCACGUUGGUCCCGGGCAGCGCGGGGCCCCCAGACUUCUCGGAUAUCAGUGCCCUUUCCUCUCGAUUGGAGAGGCCGAGUACAGAACCGGAUGCAGCCAGGGAGGCCAUGCCUCGCCAGAAGACCUGGAAGAACCCCCUUAGACCUUGGAACCCCAAUGGAUUUAUGGGGGCGUUUUUCACUAACCAAGAAAAAGGUGUACCUAUUUCCAAGCUUCUUAAUUUCAAGCCCCUGCCAAGCAGCGCCGUCUCUAAUGCCGCCAAUGGAGCGAGUGAACGAGAAACCACUCUAGGUCAGAAGCGCAUGCAGAAGUUACAGGACAAGAUGUCUGCUGUUAAUGACUCCUUGAGGAGCGCCGGUAGUCUGAGUGUUUUUGAGGACGAUGUUGGUCAUGUAGGGGAUGAAAUGCCCCAAGAAAUCCAAAGAAUUGCUACAGCCCCUAAAGCCCAAAGCCCAAAGUUGGCCAAGCGGAGGUUUCCUGGAGAAGACCAGGCAAGGAAAACAUCAGAUCCCCAGCCUGAAAAAAGGAGAACCCGCCAUGAUCCUCUUGAAGAUCUCUAUGAACUUGCGCUUUCUUCACCGAAUAUACACAUCCCUCGAAAAAAGAGAGCUCCUCAAGUAACCUUGAAGGAUAACCCCCCGAAGCAGGAUAACCCCCCGAAGCAGGAUAACCCCCCGAAGCAGGAUAAUCAUCCGAAGCAACAGGAUAAGUUUGUACUGAGUGAAUGGUUUGUGAAAGGCGUUGAGAACAAAGGAGUAUGUGUAGAAGGAAAGCGAGUGGACUGUGAGGACCUGUACUGGCACAGCAAUAUUAUUGUGCAUCGCAUUGAACCGUACAAAGUGCAGAGUCUGACGGGCCGAGUGUAUGAGCUGAAGGGCCACGUAGACAAGGCCUGCAUGUUGGAAGCUGGUUGUCCAUCCUGGCUGGUAGGAAAGUUUAAACUCGGUUUUCCCGACAACUGGAAAAGCUAUGUCAACUCCUUCCUAAAAAGUCCCUUAGUGCCUAACCAGCCCAAGGAUCCUCCAAGCAAAGAUCAUAACAACGUAACAAAGGAUGUAAAAAAGGCAACUUCCUGUUCAAAUACAAAGGGCAAACCGCCCAGCAAUUCCAACAAGGGGACACAUAAGAUUCCAAGUAGAGAAUUGAAACUCCUCAGAAUGCAGGGUCCGGAACACCCAGUUGGAGAACAUGGAUCCAAAGACAGACCAACACAUGGUAAUCGAUCCACCCAGUGUGGUACUACACGCAGUGGGCGCCAGGUCAAGCCUAUUCUGAAGUAUUGGUGUGGAGAGAGAAUAUCGGUCGACUUUGAGUUGAACACCAAGGUUAUCAGACCAGACAAGGUUGCCCAAACAGAUUCUGUUGUGAGUAUCUGAUCUUUUUUUAAUGGUGCAUGAGGGUACAGUAAUGGUCCAACCUUCAAAGAGGAAGGGCCUUACACCGUGAACCCCCGAGCGUGCAAGGCUCCUG